AUGAUCGUCGACGAAACUUUGUUGAGCGAAGAGCCGCUAUUAAUGCAAGUUUGGAGCAAACGGGCUUCGCCUCUACCUGAUUAUCUGAUAGGAGAGUCUCGUGCUCGUCUUGAUGCGCUCAUCAGUGCCGGUGGGAAAGCAACGCCGACAACCUUCGAGCUUGGUCGCCCAGGCCAUCGACAGCAGGGUGUAAUUUCGUGCUCCUUGAGCUUUGAACAGCAAGAGGAGACUGGGGCCAUGUCGGGGAUUCACCAAAAACUCACAGAGGCCUCGCGUGAUGCUAUUGGCAGCUUGGGCUUGGCUCUGACCAUAAAUCAUGAUGCAGAGGCCGCUACAGAGGCCUACGCUGGUGCCCACACCGCACACCUCGAAAGGCAAGAAGUUUUGCGUACUGAGCGAGAGGCAGCAGCAGUCGCCGCCGCAAAUAAUCGCCUGGAUGUGCAAAGUCAUUUGUUUAUUGAGAAUUCCAAAGGAAAUGCAAGUAAUACCGUCGGUGAAAAAUAUGGGGGAGAAGCGACCCUGAGGAGGCAGCAUUUACCGAAGUUUUUUGAUUGCCGUUCGUCCGCCGAUUUUCACGGCGGAAUAGACCCAAUAACGGGUCUACCUUGGAGAAUAGAUAAUGCAGGAUGCCGUAGAUUCUUUUUGGGACUCCUCCCCAGAGGGCAGGAUUAUAGUUGA